UUCUCUUCUUUAAUUAUCUUAAUAAUUCUUAAGAUAACUGGGUAUAUUGUUUGUAGGGAUGACAACGAGGCGGGAUCAAUUUAAGCUUCUAUGGGGUGUGGGGCGAAUUUAGAUGAACACGGGAUGAGACAAGGGCGGAAUGGAUUCAAAUAUUUCAAAAGAAAAUCAAGCGGGUACGGAGUAUUGCCUCAUCUCAAAGACCUCUUGACUGAAGAAAUAUAUUGCUGGAAGAAUGACUACUUGUACUAUCACACGGUUCCUAACAAGGAAGAGUUCGGCCACAAGAAGACAUAUGGCUCGGUAAGAAAGUGCUUCAUUGUUUUGGAUCUUAUUAGACAAGAUGAGGAGUUGAGAAAUGUGGAUCCCGACAGUCUCUAUGGCUUAUAUUUUAUCCAUUUCAAAUUAAAGUUAGAGCAAGGAUUGAGAAGUGGGUUCUCAAGAGGUUUUUGAUGAUGGGGAGCAUCCCUACCUCCAAAUGACGUAGAUCUUCAUUUUGCAGCUGAUUUCCAAGUGAUUUGGAUAGAUAAAUUGUUAAUGAAGACCAACAUUUACUUGCCUUUCAUCAUAUUUUUUAUAAGCAGAAAGAGCAAUUCAGUGAAGGUGUAGGCUAUAUAGUUGGUAACAUAGACUCAAAGCCUCAUGUUGAACAUGUUAUUUCAGUAUCCAUAUUUACCAUUGCUUUAUCGUCCAGUACUUUUCUGAUUCAGUAAGCUGUCUAUAGCAUUAUUAAAAUUGUUGAGUAGAAUGUGUCUUCGUCAAAGAACCUUCACUUUUCAGGCAGGGCUGCUAUUGUUUUGCAUCCUCUACUUAUGAGAAAUAUUUAUCCACAAUAGCUAAUGGGGAAUUCGGUCACAUGAUCACUGGCAAUGUACUAACGUUGGUAGGUGUGGGAGCUGCUCUUGAUCUCACAAUAAAGAGCUAGCAGUUUGUUGUCCUUACUUUUUGCUCAUGUUUGAGCAUAUUAUUACUAUUGUUAUACUCAUAAUUUGGCUUUCUUAUUGUUAUAAGAAGAGAUAGCAUUUCUUUUAGUGCUCCAACUGAAUGCGAUUCCUUCUCGUGCCACUCGCUUAUUCAUUUCAAUUUUUUUUUAGUUCUACUGCAUUAUAGUGCAUUCGGCCAUGUAAAUAUAAAUUAAACUUUUGAGCAAUAUUAAUAUUGUUCAAUUA